AUGAGAAAAUCGGAAGAAUGCGGCCGCGAUUAUACAGUUCCCGUUCCCCCACCUCCAAUUGACGGCCAUCUUUAUCCAAUUAUUGAACAUCAUCCAAAUGAGGUUGCUAGAGGUCCACCGCCAUAUAAUGAACAACAACAAAUUGGUUGUCAACCUAUAGGAGUACGUUAUUUUGUUCAUGGGCAGCAAGAUGGUGGUAGAUCUUCAGGAAACAAUUCAGGAAGGGAAUUUCAUGCCAUUCACACGACACUUCCUGCUAAUGGGGAUACAGUUUUUUACUACAUUUCUUCCUCAUCUUCACCAUCUGAUCCUAAUUGUAAAAGAAAUGAGCCAUUCCUUUUAAUUCGCCGUCGCCGUUCGAGCAUUGCUUCAAUUGUUUUAGCCUCACUUUUAGCUUCUAUUCUUUUAAUCGUCUUUGUUCGUAUGCAUACAGAGUUUGCCAGAAAACAUAUACAACAACAAGAGGUAUUUAAAUAA